GAUCGUAUGAAAACAAACGCACACUCGUGCUCCACACCUUAACGACAGGCUUACACAAGCGUACCUUGACAGACAUUUUGGAUCAUACUUCACCCCAGUCAUGAUGAAAACCUUGGGACGAGCUCUGUUCUCAUCUGGACUGCAGAGCCCCAAAUACACAGAAGGGGACAAAAAGCAGGACCAAGACUAUGAGAUUCGCACUUACCAUGCCACUAACUGGGUGAGCACCACUCUGAGUGGGAUGCAGUGGGAUGAAGCCAUGAACACUGGCUUCCGCAAGCUCUUCAGCUACAUUCAAGGCAACAAUCACAACAAGGUGAAAGUGGAGAUGACGGCUCCUGUGACGUGCCGCGUGGACCCUGGAGCCGGCCCGGCAUGUGAGUCUCAGUUUACUGUGUCCUUCUACGUCCCAGAGGAGCAUCAGGACAAUCCGCCGGAGCCGAGCGACCCGGAGGUGUUUUUGGAGAACAGGAAGGAGUUCACAGCUUAUGUCAGGACAUUUGGUGGUUUUUCCAAUGAGAACCUGAAGCGUGAGGAGCUCCUGAAACUAAUGGAGAGCCUGCAGAGAGACGGAGUCCAAUACGUCGACAAGCCGUUCUACGCAGCCGGGUACGACAGUCCCUUCAAACUCAUGAACCGCAGGAACGAGGUCUGGGUCCUCAAGAAGGAGCAAGAGCAGGAGUAGCAAGUUUAAAGGUCGCCCACUAGAACUGUCAAUUAGUCCCAGUUAAUAAGGAAUAAAAUGACACGAUCGUUUGAUAACACUCAGCACAGUCAAAAGGUAAUCAAAAUCAUUUCUAUUAUAGAAGAAAGAAGGAAAAAAUACUGUCCAUCAAGAUUUUUAUAUCCAUUUAUCCAUGUCUUACUGUCUUCUUUUGCUUUAUUUUGUUUGAUAAAAGGUUACUGAAUUAUACUUUACUGAAAGUCUUGCCAAAGAGACCAAACACAUGAUUACAGCUCUAACAGGUCAUCAUAAACACAUAAACCGUGGUGAAAGACUGGAUACAGUGGGACAAUAUUACCAGCAGGUGGAGCCAUGUAGUCAGGAAACGUUUCUGUCAUCUGGUGCAUCUUGACAAAAACCACAAGUGCCUGUUUCUUAAUGAAUGACUUGUUGAAAAUUUGCUCAGUUAUUUUUAAAGGUAAACACUUUAUUUUCACCUGAACCUUAACAUAAAAAGUUAUCGUGCAUUAUAAAGUGUAGGCUCACAUGUUUUCAAGUCUGUUUCAAAGCAAUAAUUGACAAAUGCACUCUAAGUUGAGCCAAAACCAUUCUGAGGCUUUAACAGUUAGUAUAGUUAAGCGUAUACCUUUCUCCAUCUUUGUGUUACUGCAGCUCAGUUUACUUACUUUUCUCUUUUUCGAUCAGUUUGGACAAGAGGAAUGAACACAGCGACCUACAACGCUUUCAAUUUACAAACGUGAACCCAUCUUUUAGCUCUGUUGGUCUCCUGCAGACUCAGACAGCAGGUUUUGUCUCUUGUCAGUCAGUUUGACUCAAAAUGUUGGUGAAUGUCAGUUUAUCUGAUCUCAGACGUCACUUACUGUCACCGCUAUCGCACUCAUUAUGAUGAGCGACUGAGUCAUUGUAAAUCUGGACCUGUCAUACCGUCAUCACUCAAGUCUCAGUUUAAAAAAAACAAAAAAACAUUCCCCUCAUGAAUUCAUGAUUGUGUAGUUAUGUCUGUGAUUUUAAGAUGACUUUUGACACACACUAACAUUUGUGGUGCUUGGUGAGAUAGACAAUAACAAAGGCCACUUAUCAAGCUAACAAGCUUUUUUUACUCUGAGUUUACAUCCUUUUAUACAUCAACUCAUAUUAAUCAUCGCAUUUAGAGAACAUGUACUAGAAAUUGUGUUACGGGUACUUAAUGUGGGAAUGAUGACAUAAGCACUGCACUAAUGUAUGAAUCAUGGGAGAUAUUACUUCCCACUAAAUAUUUAAGAAUGAAAAAUGUAUGAUCUAAUUAAUAAUAAAUCAAAUGAUUCUGAUCAUUUAUUACCUCCAUG